AUGAGAGGUCUUAUUUCCAGCUGGCGAAAGGAAGAGCCUGGUUUCUCCAGUUUUGUUCUCCUCCGGGAGUGCGCUGGAAAAGCAUGCUCCAGGCUUCCAGUUGGCUUUAGUCCAGGCGAAGCAGAGCGCUCAGGCGCCGAGUCCUCCAAGCUCACAGCUGCUUGGGCCGCGGCGCGCCCCCACCACCCCGGGUUUCUAGAGCCUUGUGACAGCGCCUCACUCCGAGCUGCUCAGCGGCUUUCUGCAACCCUCUCUCUGCCUCGCCCCCAGUAUGUGACGUGGGUGACAAUGGCCCAGGUUGGAGCGAGCCCCACGUCGGCGCGUCCUGGGUGGUCGGACCCGGGCAAACACAAAUACAAACCGAUUGCUAAGCUGCGGACAAUGAGGGAAAUGUAGACAAAUGUCCCGCUCCCGUUGGAAGCCUUUGUCCAGGCCCGGUUUUUGCAUUUAUUUCAGUGGCGAAAUAAUACAUGAUUGACGCUCUCUUUCAAUGUGUCCUAACUGUUUGGAAUAAAUCUAAGGUUGUCCCUAGUUGUCAUGGCAUUCAACCCUUUUCAA